CAGGGGGCGGCGGCGGCGGUGGCUGGGCCCGAGCAUCUGCACACGCUGCUCCCCCAAGGCCAAGUUCCCGGCUCGCCCGCUACGAGUGGGAAAAAGGGACCGAGAGCAGCAAGGGCGGCCCCGCCGCUUCGUGCCUCACGAGUUUCGUGGGGAUUACCAUUUGUCUGCUUUGAGGAAACAUGAAGUCACAGUAUCUUAUGCCUACUGUAGCCGUACUGAUGUUCCUAACAUGGAUCCCUUUCUCACUGAGUUGUAACAAAGCUCUCUGUGCUAGUGAUGUGAGCAAAUGCCUCAUUCAGGAGCUUUGUCAAUGUCGACCUGGUGAAGGAAAUUGUUCAUGUUGUAAGGAGUGUAUGCUUUGUCUGGGCACUCUUUGGGAUGAGUGCUGUGAUUGUGUUGGUAUGUGCAAUCCACGAAAUUAUAGUGAUACACCUCCCACCUCAAAGAGCACCGUAGAAGAGCUUCAUGAACCAAUCCCAUCUCUGUUCCGUGCUCUAACAGAAGGAGGCACUCAGCUGAACUGGAACAUUGUUUCAUUCCCUGUGGCUGAAGAACUUUCCCAUCAUGAGAAUCUGGUCUCAUUUUUAGAAACUGUGAACCAACCACACCAUCAAAAUGUGUCUGUUCCUAGCAACAAUGUCCAUUCGCCAUAUUCCAAUGAUAAAGAACACAUGUGUACUGUGGUAUAUUUUGAUGACUGUAUGUCAAUACAUCAAUGUAAGAUCUCUUGUGAAUCCAUGGGAGCAUCUAAAUAUCGCUGGUUCCAUAAUGCCUGUUGCGAAUGUAUUGGACCAGAAUGUAUCGACUAUGGCAGUAAAACUGUCAAAUGUAUGAAUUGCAUGUUUUGAAGAAGGAAAAGUUCUAUAAUAACACACCAAAAUCAUCUUCAUUAAAAAAGAAAAGUUGGAAAGCCAUCAGUUAGUGAAGUAUACCUAUUUUGUCAGAAUGCAAGUAAUUUGGAAAGAAGAUAAAGAAUUUUAAGUAUUUGUCACUUAAAAAAAUUUGGGUAAUAAUUUUUUUCCUAUCAUGUUUGUUUCCUUUUAAUUUUUGGAAAUUGUUGAGCAUAAUGAUUUAUGUUGAUUAGCUUGUUGUUGAUCAUCAGUGAAUUCUUGCCUUAGAAUAUAUAUAAAAUCUCGUUUGUGCAAGUAUAAUUGAAGAAUUCACUGAGGUAUCUCAUACACAUGUCAGAAGACUGAUACUAGUCUCUGCCAGUCCUCCUUAACCAUUUAUUUUGAAAAUGUUAGCAGACAUCCAAAGAAAGAUUGGUUUACUUUGAUAAUUCUCAUAUUUAAAUUUUCCUUUUUAAAAGCAUUAGAAUGACACCAUUUGCAGAAUGAGGAGUUUUUAUAUUUAUGGUCAUCAUAAAACCUGUCCUUUCCCUUUCCUUAAACUUAUAUUUGUACAAAUAUUUUCAUAAAAAUCAAACUGACACCUUUUACAAUAUAAAUCUAAAAUAAAAUAAGAUUAUUGCAAGCAUGUGGAAUAGUAAUGAAAACAUUGAUGUAUUUAAAUACACUAAAUUGAAACAGAAUUUCUGUAUGUGACUUGUGAGGCCAGUUUGUAUAAGGAGCCCUAGGAAUGGGGGGUGAGUGCCAGGCUAAGAGAUAAGAGAUAAUAGAACUUAAUUGGGAUAACAAAACAACAGCUUGAAUCAAGGUAAGGAAGAAUGGAAUAAACAUUUAUAAUACAUCUACCAUAUGCUGGACACUGGAUUCUUUACAAAUAUUACAACCCUGGAAGUAGGUUCUAUUUUUAAGUUGAGGAAACUGAGGCAAACAGAGGUUAAGUGACUUGCCCAAAGUUAUCCAGGUAGUUUGUGUAAGUGCCCAGUAGGAGUGAACUGCUAAGAGUUGGAGACUUGUUGGAAGAUAGGAAUAAGCCCACAAACAGCAGAACAGAAUAAAGCCCAAAUUUGAAUUGUGAAUGUGUAGAAUCAGGGUAAUGGAAAGAAUAGGGCUAAAGAGAAAAAAAAAUUUUUAAUUGUCUCAAAAGGGAAUGGCUUGAGCAUGUUUUAGAAAGAAGGUUGAGGGAUAUGAUAUAGGAAAACUGAGAUCAGGGUACUUAAAAUAAUUUUAUUGCUCCAGAAUCUUCUAUUUAAUCAUUUUUAUAUCUGAAUCUAGCUUAUAUUUUUCAGCAUUGUUUCCUAGGGGUUAAGACACUUGAUCAACUGUCAAACUGUAAUAACUGAAAACCAGAUUUUUAAUUAUAAUCACUAUAAAAUUUAAGGUUUUAUGACUGGCCUAUUUCCAAAGAAUUUCUGAUGGUUUUGAAAGGGAUUCUUAUGAGGUACAAAGCAAAAUUCCAAGUACAUUCCAGAGUUUUUGUUGCUCUUUAUGUAAUAUUCUGAUAAAAAGCCAGAACAUUAUUUACAUAAAAUGUGCCUGCCCACAUAAAGAAAAUCUAAAAUAAAUAAAAUUAAAUAAAUCAUAGUGCAAACAAGACUUUUAGCUAUUCAGAAUGCACAGCUUUCCUUUAGUAGGAAAUUUCUUUAUUGAAUCUAAAAUAUGAUUUGAUUUAACAUUUAGAUUUUCUAGAAUACAUUUCUGUUACUUCUUCCUAAUAAAUACAAAUUUAUCUUAGAUAUAUUUUUAUUAGUCAUUUUCUUGAAUAUUGGUCUUAAAUUUCUGUGCAUAUUUCUGAUCAGUUAUCACAAAAUUAAAAUUAAAAGACUUGAUGUCUUAAGUAGUAUUUUCUACUUAUACCAAGCAUGUCAUGCAAUCUACCUGGAUACAAAAUAUCAGCAAUUUAAGAUAACUUUCUCUUUCAUAUUUUUUGGAGAGAGUUUAUAUUUAGGACACAGACUUUCAAUUUUUAGGUAGCAAUACUCUUCCCCUUCAUUUUGUAUUCAUCAUUUCAUCCUGCAUCUUGUGUUACAACCUCAAAAGCCUGUAAUUAUAACCUUCAUAUAUUUAGGAGUAAAACAUCAUAGCAAUCAAUCUCUUUUUUAAAAGGUUUAAUGGAAUUGAAUAGAUUUUCACCAUACACAACUAAUACUUGCAGCCCGAGGGACUAUUUUUACUGCAGAUAGGAAAAAAAUGUAAGGAUGUUUAGGUCAUUUGCUAUGUUUCAACUUCUUCUUCAGAGUAAACACAAACAUAGAGAGAGAUUCCUUUUUUGUUGGCAGUGUGCUUAAUGUUGUCAUCUGUAUUAAUUUUACUUAGCAUAUAUAUUUCUUUAAUUGACAUUCCUAACUUUUAGAUAUUUGAUGUUUGUUUAUAAAUAACUGUUGGUUUAAAUUUUUUUCUGAUUUAUUCCACAUUGCUUUUUUUGAUCCCCAACAUUUUGAUGGUGAUUUCUUGUACCAUAACUCAAUUUAAAUUGAUGGAAUUUCCCCUUUUACUCUGUUUACCCACUUAUAGCUCUUCUUUGAGUUAGUCUUUUUUGUGAUUUUUUUUUUAAUUUAUUUUGGUAGGUGGAAUAAAUGAGUAUAUAAACCUCUCUGCCAUUUAUCUCAUAAUUUGUUUUCUUAUUUGGGAUAAUAGGUAUAUAAAAUUUGAUUGUAAAUAUAGAUGGAAACAACAUAAAGGCCGUUACCCUGAAGUUAUAGCUAGCCACUGUGACACCUGGACACUACUACUAUCUUAAGCACCAAAUUCUUAUAUAUUGGAGAUUUGAUAGAUACCACUUCUGUUUCUUAUAUUUUUAAAAUUUGAUGCUAAAUUUUAGUAACUAAACAAUAUAGAAAUGAAAUCUGUAGAUGUAAGUGAGAUGUAUUAAAGAGAGGAAAUUUCACACAAUAAAAUGUUUCUUUUAGGGCAAAUAAGUUUCCUCUUAUUUGCUUGAUUAUUCUGCUUUUUAUUGAAACUAUUUUUCAUUUGAGGAGCCAAAGGAAUUCCAAUAUAUGUUUAUGGGUAUGUCAUGGGUCAAAGAUAAAACCAUCAUUUAGGAAUGCUAAAGUUUAAGGAAACUAAAAUAGUUGAUGUUAGAAUCAUAACCCACUUAAUGGCUAUUUAAGAGCAGAGCUAAUAUCUGUAAGAGAAGGUGAGAGAAGUCACUGAAGUCACACAUUAAUAAAAUUGACUUUGAAAAAGUCCUUGCUUUAAAGAAGUUUAAUUCAUUCUUCUCCCCUGUGUUAUUAUAUCUUCUUGCAAUCUAUUAGCAACAUAAAAUGUAUGUAUUUUGUAUUUUUUAUCCCUGUAAACAAAAUGUAUUUUAAUUAAAAUAUUGUAAUAUUUUGGA